ACGUUUCAAACGAGAUUCAUUUGUUACGCGCGAAAGUGCUGUGUUAUUGACAUAGUGUUUGAUUUGCUGUUGGAGUAGUGGGUGUGUAUGCCAAGAAAUAACUAUGACUGUAACAAACUUAGCUUUGAGUAAAGAGGUUGAAAGCAAUAACAUGUUCCUGACGCCGGCUGCGAAGAAAAAAGGAAAAAUUGGCGCUAAAAAGAAACAAGUGCAAAUUGAACCACCUCCACCACCCAAAAAACCUGAGAAGAAAGUACCAGAGGGGAGAAAAUAUGCACAGAUUGCACCAGAAUCUAUUAAAAUUAAGGGUGAAUGUGUUGGAGUUGAUGACUUGGAUGAUGCCGUAGCAAAAGCUUUGAGUGAAGAAGUUAGCUACAGGCUAAGGGAAAUUAUUUCAAAAAGUACUAUUUACAUGCGUCAGACCAAGAGUACCAAACUAAGCAGAGCCCACUUGAAGAGUGUGUUUGUUGCAAAUGAUUUGGAAUAUAAUUUAGGCCAUCUAACACCACCUUCAUUCAAUUUGCUUGAAGGACCAGAAAUUUUUGUCCAGCUGGAUUCAACCGAUAAUCUUGAAGAAAUGGUUUAUUCUAAUGAAGAAUUAGAGCAAUUUCAACCAAAAAUAACAGGUAAAAUUGUACUUCCAGACAAAAGAGUAAAACCUGCUGAUCCAAAUAAGAAAACAACAAAUGGGACUGAAUCCCUUGAAGGUAAGACCGUUGUUCCAGAUAAACAGUCAAAAUCUACCGCAGCAAACAAAAAACAGGAGACAGAGCCAUUGGAAGCUUUGGGGUUACGAAAGGUUGCUAAGACCUGAAUCUUCAGUCACCAUUGUCAGCAUUUGUCAUUGAACCAUAUCAAAAGAUUUGAAAGAAAUUUUAGCUCUCUUUAAAGUGUUGUUGCAGCAUAUGCAGAAAGAUAGAGUUUGCAGUUAUUGUGGAGCAUGAUUGAAGAAUAAUUAUGCAGUCACAGAAAAAGAAAAGCAGUAUAUAAACAUAAAAAUUCUGAGGAGAUAAUAUUAUGUAAUUCAUCAGCUUCUCCCAGUGUACUUCAUGUUGAAAUAGUCCACAGAUGAACUACUCAGUGUCAGUGCCCUAAACAUGGACAUCAGGCAGUUCACUCGUGAACUAUUUUGACAACGUAAUAUUUCAUUGACAUUUAUAAAUGUUGUGUAAUAUAACAGAACUUACAUUUACAAUUGUGAUCAUGAAGCAAGUGGAUAUCCUUAUGAGUUACAGGACAUACAGGUUACUGCUGUAAAUUAGAUAAUUAGGUUUUCAGUUUGUCUUCCUAGGUUAAAGUAAUAUCAUGGAUCACGGUGAGAAUGGGUAACAUAGUGUUUAGAGGCUAUCAAACUCAAGUGUGUUUGGCCACAUUUAAUGACACUGCUCAUCUUUAUUCUAACUUCGAUGUUUUACUACAAGUCUCAUUACAGUAGUAACUGUAUUUGCUGCCUAUCAUUCUGUAUUAUAAUAUUUCAAAGAAAUCUCUGCAGUUCAUCAUUCUUUAGUAAAAUUGUACUGAAUAUGCAUAUUAAUACAUUUAAAAUGUUGCCAAAUGCAUUAAAUUGGUAUUAGACAUAAAAAUACAAUAUAGUGUGUAAAAAUGCUGGAUUAUUAUUUUUAGUGUAGAGUUAUCUACAUAAUGGACUUGUUCAGUGUGAAAAAUUGCGCUAAAAGAUUUGAUAUUUUGUUAAUUUUAUUUAUGUAUUUAUUUAUUUAUUUCCCUCUUGUAAAAUGUCAGGACUUCACUUACAUAUAACUAGAAUUAACACUUUUCACACCUCAAGUAAGAUAAUUGUGCAGAAGGAAGUAUUUUCACAAAGAAAUAUUUUUAAAAAACUUUAAGAGAUUAUCUUUUACAAAGUGUAACACAGAUUACAUGUUCUGUUGAAAUAUAAAGAUAAAAGAAUACAGUUGUGUAUGUCCAUGUUUUUCAUACUGAUGAUAAAAAUUAAAAUAAGAGGAAUCAGUGGUGCUUCCAGCAAGUUUUCUGUUGAUAGAUAUCCUUUCUCAUUUAAAAUUCUCCAAAUAAUAGAAGAAUGUGCAUUUUAAUUGUAGUUCCAUCAUUCACAUAGUACUGCUAAAACUGUUCAGAAGAAUUAAUGCUACUUGUUCAGAAUUCAGUCAUCCAGGAUGGUUUUUGUGUGUUUGAGAACUUCGGUAUUAAUCGUAGAAGGCAAGCUUCCAUGGGCAGUAGUUACGUAAUUGCUGAUAUUUAUUUUAUGGGCAUACGGUCAAAGUUAAAGGCAUAAUUCUCUCCCCAGUGUUUAGUCUUCCAAUGCUGGAAAGGCUUUAAUGAUUCAGAAAGCAGUUACAGAGACUAAACACCUCAGCAAGCUGAACUGUUUAUAUGAAUCCAUGCAAUGGUUGGUUAGUGACAGCAUCAGACUUAAUCUUAUGAUCACAGAGUCGCGUCAACAUAUGCCAUGGAGCUUGUAGUAGGGAAGAGUUAGUGCUGUUUGUUUUAUUAAUACUAAGGCCCUCAGCUUGUCUAACUUCAGUCCUCCUCCUUUUCUGUUAAUACUGUUUCUGUGCUUUUGAAUUUAUGUGGUUCCUCUUACAUCCUAGCAUAGUAAUUACUAGAACUAGCUAAGACCACAGUUUCAGAGAAACAAAUUUGGUGGUUUCCCCAGUCCUAGUGCAUGAUCUGCUACUGCUGAUUUAUCUGUCUUGCCCAGUUGACAGUUGCUGUUGUGUUCAUUGAGGUGAGUGUUAAUGCUUCUUCUUCUUUUGUAGCUCCUAUGUCUACUUGGCAUGUGCGAGCAUUGGAACACUGCAAAGGACUUUCACCUGCCACUUGUCCACCCAUAUAUAAAAUCCCUUGUGCUUGUGGCGAAGUGUGCAUAGGAAGUACAAAAAGGAUUAUUAUUAACAUCCAGCUCAAGGAACACAAGAGCAGUUGUCACCUGGGCACAGCGGAUAAAUGAGCUGUAACAGAUCAUGCUUUAGGACCAGGAAACCACCAAAUAAGUUGCUCUGACACUGUGAUCAUAGCGAGAUCUACUGAUUACUAUGAUAGGAUGUACAAAGAAGCCAUAGAAAUUUUAAAGCACAAAAAGAAUUUUAACAGAAAAGAAGAGCUGAAAGUAGAAAAGAUAUGGGCCUUAGUGGUAAAUAAAACAAAUAGUGCCAACUUUUCCUCACUACAAGCUCUACAGCGUAAGUCGGCACAACUCUGCAAUUUUAGGCAGUGAUCUGAUGAUGUCGUGAAGCAUCCAUUGUGGGGAUGCAUAUAAACAGUUUGGCUUGCUGAGCUUUUUAGUCUGUAACAGCUUUCUGGGUCAUUAAAGCCUUUUAUGAUGUCUCCAGCAUUGUAAGAGGAAACUUGGUUAGGGAAUUAUGCCUUGGACCAUGGCCAUGUCCAUAAAACAAGUAUCGGUAAAAUUCAGCAUUGUCCGACAGUAUUACCAUUAACCCAUGUCAGCAUGUUCCACACAUACUCAAUGGAGCUGAAAUCAGAACUCAUUGCUGGUCAUUCCAUCACCUGAAUUUGUAGACUUUGCCAGACAUACCUGAUGAUGUCCACUACAGGUGCGCAGGCAUUUUUGUGAAAUGCAGCAACUACGACACAAUCAUCACCUCAUCUCGAAGGGUACUGUUAAACACUAUCAAGAACCUUGCUGGAUUACAUUUAGCAUCUGCAACUUAACACAGUAUCUCCAUCUUCUCAUAAGGAAGCCUUAAAUUUAUGGUAAUCAACACAGGUAUCAAAUGGUGAAAUAGCCAGAUGAUGUGGGUUCACAUGAGCUGAAGACUUAACUGUGUAAUGUUGGCACCUCAUCAAACACCAAUGUUACAGUUAACAUUAUGAAGUCAUCUUGCCAUUGCACUAAUGUGCCACGACAAAGAUUGACAUAUCUCUGUUGGGCUACAGUGUGUCGGAAACCUCGAUCAGUUCAUCUUGUAAACUACCUGUCUCCUUGUAGCUAUGCCAGAAAACUCGGAAAGAUCAUAAGGUUGGAUUAUAGUCAUUUUUGUUUGUGAUUUGGUGCAGUUAACUUAGAGUGUCAUGUUUAAUUGUUCUCUUUUAGAAACUUUUGUAUUAGUAGUUGGUAUACACGCUGUUUGUGGAUAUUAAAGUUACAUUCUAUGAUUA